AUGAGAAAAUGCAAAUUCCUCUUUUUCAUCCUGCCGUAUUCUCUUUUCUCACUCUUUUGGAACACUGAAAAUGUACGUGCUCAGCCACAAAAAAGAGGACACGUAAAUGACCUAAUAAAACAAUUUGAAACUAAUGGGAACUUAGACACCUCUCAACACAGUUCAAAUAAAAAUGAGCCGCUAGCAAGGUAUUUUGAGAGGAAGGAACAUCCGUUAAGUGGGAGACAAAGAGCUAUCUAUGAGGAUGAUGCAGCAGUUACUUCAUACAGUUCUGAAAAUAGAAAAGCCUUUCCUACGGACAAAAGAUCAUCUGACAUGUAUGAUUAUGCUGGGGGAAGGGGUGGCGACUCUGAUGUUUCCUCUGGUGAAGGAUACAUCUAUAGUAAUGAUUAUAGAAAUGAUUACCAACAUUCUGAUGGUUCUAAUCAAAUGAGGCAAAAACAUACCCAAUUAGAAGGGGAAAUGCAAAAUAGGUAUAGCAACCGAAAUAGCUAUCCUGAUGAGAUAUCAACAUCUCGAAUUGAUGAAGAUGAAAGAAUGAAGAAAAAGGACAAUAUUUACUUAGGUGAAGAUUUCGAAACUUUUAAUAAAAAUCUAGGAUUGACCAUGGAUGACUAUAUGAUCGAUUCAGAUUAUUCAGAUAAUGGAGAUGUUGUUCAGAGUAAGGAAUCAAAGGAUAAUUUUGAUGAUGGAUUUUCCCAUUAUGGAGAUCUCCAAUUUAUUAAACGAAGAAAGAAUCAAGGGAUAAACAAUAGCGACUUGUUGUCGCGUUCAAGGGUGGAUGGAAGGAGACAUGCAAUAUACCAUGAUAGCGAUAGCAAUAUAGCACUCUCAAGUGAAAAUGAAAUUCAGGGAAGGCAAUAUAAUAACCCAUACAACUAUAAACAUGAUUAUACAUAUGGAAUCAAUAAUCAGAAUAGUGAACCAUAUUAUUAUACCAUCCCUGAUAGCAGGAAUUAUAACGAUCGAUCUAGUCACUCAAUAAAUAAUGGAAGGUCAAUAAAUUCCUCAGAAGUAUCUCUGGAACCUGGUUAUUCCACACCUUUUGAUAGUAACAAAAGUAUUUACGGUAGUGGAGAAAAUAUUUAUGAAUAUAUUCCCUUAAAUGAAUAUCAGGAAAAACGAAAUCCACGAGAAAAAGAACCGAAAUACAUUUCGUUAGAUGAUAUGGAACAUGUAGAUCGUAACACAUCAUUACCAAUUAGGAGAGAUAAAAAAACCUUUUCAUCUUCUCAACAACAAAGAAGUAGUAGUAAUGCUGAAUCUUCUGACAGAUUUAAGAAUGGUAAGAAGAUUGAUAUAACAAAAGGAGUACCCAACAGGUACGAUAAUGUUUCUAAACAAAUAUAUGAACAAAAUAAAUCUAAAAGUGUAAGAAGAAAUUCAGGAUCGCUUAGUGCAGUAACCGUGUUUAAUACAUAUCAAGAAAGGAUUUUUUUAAAUAAACUCCUUAAAAAUUCUAGUGGCAGUAAUAAAUUAAAAAAUAUGUUUUCAAGAAGUGGUGCAGGUGGCAUAGUAUCCAUAACAGGGGAAAUAAAAAAAGCUGCGGAAAAGUGUAUAGCCCAAAAUAAACAUAAAUUAACCAGACCUGUCUUAAUGCAAAAUUUAGCAUUUAAAGAUUCAAACCUUUUAAUGUAUUAUGAAAAUAACGCUUCUUACAUUACUUCUAAUUGUGCUACUGGCAAUGGUAGUGGUAGUAGUAGUAGUAGUAUUGCCAAUAGUACUGGUAGCGGUACUGAUACAUGUUUGAAAAUAAGGCCUAUGGUUUAUGAAGAUGAUGAAAAGAUGCUAAAUGCACUAAAAAUGUUACCUAGCUUAUACAUUUUGAAUAUGUAUGAAUUUAUUUUAACGAAUUCUAGAAUGUGUGGAUCGUUCAAAACACUUAUAAAAAAUAAUAUAAAGGAGAACAACCUAACAACAACAGAUAUUGUUUUAUCAUUAUCUAAUUUUUAUUUCCAAAAUGUCGUGAACCCUAUCCUAGUUAAUCAUCUGAUGAAUUUUCUUAAAACAAAAAAUGAAAUUCACUUGAAUAAAUAUUACCUCGGGGCUAUGCUGUCAUUCGUACCUUUUAUCAAACCUGCAAUGAAAAUAUAUUUUGGGGAUAAUUAUUCUCGUACAAAUUUGUAUGUUUUAGACAAUGAACUAAAAAAAAUUUUUACUGAACUUUUAAUUGUUUCUCUUCGUUGGACACAAGCAUUUCAAGAUAAAUUUUCUGAUGUAAGUAAUGAGAUACUCAUGAAGGUUAAUAAAAAUCUUACAUCUUUUUCUACAAGAAGAGUUGGAAAUAUGAACGAAAAAUUCAAAACCUUAGAUUCCAUUUUGUUAAACCAAAAAAUAAACAAUGAUCUUAUCGCCAAUAAAGAUGAUAAAUAUAGACAGAUAAUGAAGUAUAUCUGGAAGUACAUAAAUAAUAUAUAUUUCAUGAUGUAG